AUGAUAGGAUACUCUGAUAUGUCAACGAAGCCGCAGCGCAAAUGUACGCCCGGCCUGUGGACUCUGCUGCUGGCCAUGCUGCUCUUUGCGCUGACCCUGACGGGCGUGGCCCUGCUGGAGGCGGGUCGGGCUCAGUCACCGGCGGAUCAUCGCCUGGCUGAUGUCUUCAUUGUGCGGCGUCUGUGGUCGCAUUUUGGAGCGGCCACAAACGAAUCGGACGGCGCAGUUCCCGCCACUGUGGAGCGCAUAGCCAGGGAUGCGGCAAAUGCCAGCCGAGUGGCAGCAACUGGACGCAGCAACAACUACUACGAGGAGCAGCAGGCGGUGGUUGUGAAUGCCGAAAGCGCGCAACCGCCCAUGGCCGAGCGACGGGAUUCGUUUGGCCCGCCGCAGGGUAGAUCGUACGAGGAUGAGACUUACCCUGAAUAUUCUGCAUUUGACUUUGGCAGCGAGCAGUCGUCGGCGGAGGAGCCCUACUUGGGCAGCGACAGCUCAGCUGCCUCCGAGGAGCAGUCGCCGGCAGGCGAGGGCAGGGCGGCGCAGGCACGUCCCCACGACUCCUACUACGGGCAAUGGCAAUACGCCACACAGACAGCAGCACCCGUCGGCAGCGACAAUCGCAAGCUGCAGCCAGUGGGCAAUCGAGCUCCAUAUCCCGCCUACGAUGAGGUGUACGACUAUCCCAUGGGAUUUCAGCCGCGUCCCCAGGAUCCGGCCGUCUCCAAGCAGGUGGCACCAGCGCCAGCCAAUGCUGUGUCCUAUGCGCCACCAGUGCCCACGGAAUCUACGCUGGUCACAUUUUUAAAAGCCCUUAAACAGUUGUGGGAUCUCUAUCAGGCAUUGACGAGCGCCUGGGGUACUGUUUCCGAGCGUCAUAAGCAGAGCACCGAGCAGCUAAGGAAGGAGCGUCUGCAGAAGCAACGUCUGCGCCAGCAACAGCAGCAGAUAAAGUCCAGAAUUAACUCUAAGAAACCGCCACGCAUCGACGGCGAUAAAUUUGCCAAGCUUAAUCAGACCAAAAAGGCCAAGAUAACGACUACAACAACGUUAAGAACCACCAGCAGCAGCAGCAGUACCAGUAGCUCUACCGGCAGCAGCAACGACUCCGAUGAAUCCGAGGAGACGACAGCAGCACCCGAGCGUGCCAAGGCAGCUGCUGUCCCGGAGAGCUCGGUGCGCGGUCAGCGACAUAAGCGUGAGCCGGAGCCGGAGCCAGCGAGUACAGAUGUGGGCGAGGGGCGCUACAUUAAGGGUGAUCCGCUCAAGGGUUACUAUGAUUUCGUCAUCACCGAGGGUUCCUACAAGUUCUGGGCUGUCUUUCAGGUUGGUACCGCGCUUCUGAUCAUCUACUCGACAUUCGCUGCCAUUUACUACUCCAAAGUAAAUCCCUUGACCAGCGAUUACGAUUAUCAGGAUUAUUUGGGCGCCGGACGCUCCAUGUCGGGCGGCGACGAUGAUUUUGUGGAUGACAGCGAGCCAAGUGCAGCAACUGCUCCCACAUCGCGAUUUAUGGACUGGCUGCCGCGUACAGCGCAUUCCCUGAAAUUCAUACUCGAUGCCAUUGAUAAAAUGCCAUUAGAUAAUGACCAUAAAUCGGAAAUAGGCUGGUCCACGGGGAACAGUGAGACAGCGGCGUCAGAUGAUGCAACAGGGGAAAGCAGAUAG